CAGCGCAAUUCCCCCUGCCGGCUUUAUUCCAGAUGAGGUUGGUAUGGGGCUGCAAGUGGUCCGGGCCAUGUAAAUUUGGAGAUGAUUAUUGACCAUGAUGCGCGCGUGCCUUUUAUCUGCUGCCCCUCCCCCUCCUACUACUGAUUGUUUUUGACAAGAAUAAUAUCCGCCAGCUGCCGCUCUUCUUCCCUGGUCAAAAUAGAUUCAAUUCUGUUGAAUUCACUGUAUUCACAAUGACUACCCCAUCCAUCAAGCUCAACAGCGGUUAUGACAUGCCCCUCGUGGGCUUUGGCCUCUGGAAGGUCAACAACGAGACUUGCGCCGACCAGAUCUACCAUGCCAUCAAGGCUGGUUACCGUCUCUUCGACGGCGCCUGUGAUUACGGCAAUGAGGUCGAGGCUGGCAAGGGUGUUGCCCGUGCCAUUCAGGAAGGCAUUGUGAAGCGUGAAGAGCUCUUCAUCGUGUCCAAGCUCUGGAACAGCUUCCACGACGGUGACCGCGUCGAGCCCAUCUGCCGCAAGCAGCUGGCCGACUGGGGCCUUGACUACUUCGACCUGUUCAUUGUCCACUUCCCCAUUGCGCUCAAGUAUGUCGAUCCUGCCGUUCGGUACCCUCCCGGGUGGCUGUCCGAGAACAACAAGCUGGAGUUCAGCAACGCCUCCAUUCAGGAGACCUGGACCGCCAUGGAGUCGCUGGUCGACAAGAAGCUGGCCCGCAGCAUCGGUGUCAGCAACUUCAGCGCUCAGUUGCUGAUGGAUCUGCUGCGCUACGCUCGUAUCCGCCCUGCCACCCUCCAGAUCGAACACCACCCUUACCUCACCCAGGAGCGCCUGGUCACCUAUGCCCAGAAGGAGGGUAUUGCCGUGACUGCGUACUCCUCGUUCGGUCCUCUGAGCUUCGUCGAGCUGGACCUGAAGGAUGCUCACGAGACUCCCAAGCUGUUCGACCACGACGUUAUCAAGGGUAUCGCUCAGAAGCACGGCAAGACCCCCGCUCAGGUCCUGCUGCGCUGGGCUACGCAGCGCAACAUUGCCGUCAUCCCCAAGAGCAACGACCCCACUCGUCUGGCUCAGAACCUCGAUGUCACCAGCUGGGAUCUUGAGACCAGCGAGAUUGAGGCCAUCAGCUCCCUGAACCGGAACCUCAGAUUCAACGACCCUCUUGCUUACGGCUUCUACGCUCCCAUCUUCUAAAUGCAUGGAUAGAUUCCGGUGGUCUGAGUGGCACCGCAGCAAUGUAGGCGGGAAUAACUGCUCGGUCCGUUGGUGGAUGAUGAUUGAUGUCCUACGCUGAAAGUAAAAUACCAUAGUUUUUCCAGUACAUAGUUAUGACCUCGAUGCAGCAUUUGU